UGUUGUCGUCUGGGAAACUCUUGGUCCACCCUCACCAAAUCUAUCACCCAACCAAAUUCCGAAGCCCCAAACACAAAUCACAAUCCUAAUUCCGAAGGUACAAGGAAAGUGCAACAAACACACACACACACACACACACACACACACACUUUGUUAUCUAUCUAUAUAUCACAAUCACACCACAACUUCACUCUCCUCUGUUUCUGUUCUGUUUUUGUUCUGUUUCACACACAACCCCAUGGAUUGUUGGUCCACUCCUCUGCAUCUGGAUGAUGAAUUCAAGAAGCUUGUCAUUCGCAUGAAUCCUCCGAGGGUCACUGUGGAUAACACUUCAAACAGAACAGCAACUGUGAUCAAGGUUGAUAGCGCAAAUAGGCGUGGAAGCUUGUUGGAGGUGGUUCAGGUUCUCACUGAUAUGAAUCUCAUUGUGAGAAGAGCUUACAUUUCUUCUGAUGGUGAAUGGUUCAUGGAUGUUUUUCAUGUUACUGAUCAAAAUGGGAAAAAGUGUCUUGAAGAUGAUGUUGUUGAUCGCAUUCAACAGUCACUGGGUCCAAGAGUCCGUAGUUUCAGAUCCAUGAGAAGAUCUGUUGGGGGCCAACCUGCAUUAGAACACACAACCAUCGAGUUAACGGGACGAGAUAGGCCAGGGUUGCUUUCAGAAGUUUUUGCUAUUCUUGCAGACCUCAAGUGCAAUGUGGUAGCAGCAGAAGUCUGGACCCACAAUUCAAGAAUGGCGUCGGUCGUUUACAUCAAUGACGAGACAACAGGGUUGUCAAUAGACAACCCGGAUCGCCUCGCAAAGAUCGAGCAGCUUCUGCUCUAUGUGCUGAAAGGGAACAUUGACAAGAAGAGUGCCAACACUGCUGUUUCUGUUGAUUCUACUCACAAGGAGAGGAGGCUGCAUCAGUUGAUGUAUGCCGAUCGCGACUAUGACAUAUAUGAAGGGGAUUACAUGGCAACAAGUGACAGGAACAAGCUAUUUGUAACUGUUGAUAAUUUCAUAGACAAGGGGUAUACUGUUGUGAACUUGAGGUGUCCGGAUCGACCGAAGUUAAUAUUUGAUACCGUGUGCACAAUCACAGACAUGCAGUAUGUUGUGUACCAUGGCACUGUCAUUGCUGAAGGACCAGAAGCAUAUCAGGAAUAUUAUAUAAGGCAUAUGGAUGGAUAUCCUAUCAGUUCUGAAGCAGAAAGGCAAAGAGUGAUUCGCUGCUUGGAGGCUGCUGUUAGAAGAAGAACUUAUGAGGGCAUCAAGCUAGAACUAUGUAGUGAAGACAGGGUUGGUCUUCUAUCUGAUGUAACCCGCAUCUUUCGAGAAAAUGGCCUAACAGUGAUCCGAGCUGAGGUUACAACCAGCAGUUCUCAAGCCAUGAAUAUUUUCUAUGUGACUGAUGUAUCAGGAAAUCCAGUUAAGAGUGAAACAAUCGAGGCAAUUCGAAAAGAGAUUGGCCUGACCAUACUGCAGGUGAAAGAUGAUGGUGUGUGCUCAAAAUCUCCACCCAAGGAGAGUGGAAAGUUUUCUUUGAGUCAUCUCUUUAGAUCAAGCUCUGAGAAGUUUCUCUGUAACUUGGGUCUGAUGAAGCCUUAUUCCUGAACCUGUUUCUAUAUGUUCUAAUUUGUAAAUAGCAGUUUAGUUUUCACCUAGAUUUGAAGCUUUGUGGUAGAUAUUUGUAGAUUUGGUGUCGGUCUAACUUGUAUUCAGGUGUCAAAUUGUAGAGUUAUACUAGGCAUGUUUCUUUGAAAAUAUUUAUCUUAAUAUGCCUUUGUUA